CUCCUCCCAUUCGCUUCCACUCCCACACCGAUCUAGGGUUUCUAGGGUUUUGGGUUGCGGCGGCGGCGGCGGCGAGAGGGCGAGGGCGAGGUCGAGAUGGCGUCGGAGAGGGUGAAGGGGACGGUGAAGUGGUUCGACGCCACCAAGGGGUUCGGCUUCAUCACCCCCGACGACGGCGGCGAGGAUCUCUUCGUCCACCAAUCCUCGCUCAAGUCCGACGGCUACCGCAGCCUCAACGACGGCGACGUCGUCGAGUUCUCCGUCGGAUCCGGCAACGACGGCCGCACCAAGGCCGUGGACGUCACCGCGCCGGGGGGCGGGGCGCUCACCGGCGGAUCCCGUCCCAGCGGCGGCGGGGACCGCGGCUACGGCGGGGGCGGAGGCGGCGGCCGCUACGGCGGUGACCGCGGCUACGGCGGCGGUGGCGGCGGCUACGGCGGGGGCGACCGCGGCUACGGAGGCGGCGGCGGGUACGGCGGCGGCGGCGGCGGAGGCAGCCGCGCGUGCUACAAGUGCGGCGAGGAGGGCCACAUGGCCAGGGACUGCUCCCAGGGAGGAGGCGGCGGUGGUGGCUACGGUGGUGGUGGCGGCGGCUACCGCGGCGGUGGUGGUGGCGGCGGCGGCGGCGGGUGCUACAACUGCGGCGAGACCGGCCACAUCGCUCGCGAGUGCCCCAGCAAGACCUACUAGGCGCUGCUCGCGGCGUCAGAUCCAGCUCCCUCCCAUGAUGCGUUUUGCUCCCCCUCCCUCACUGAAUCACCGAGCAGCGGGUGAUCAGUUCUAUCUUAUUAGUAGUCGUAGAUCUCGUUAGGAAAGCUAUGGAUCUAUCGGUUCGUCGUCGUCGUCGUUCUAUGUAAUGGGAUGGGAGUCUUGGAGUGGUUUAAUCUUUUUGUUUCGUUGGGUCGGUUUGAGAGACAAGCCAUGGAUUUGCACUGUCUGAUCUAUCUAUGAAUCUAUCUAUUAUGAACCGAGAAGAAAAUAUUCAUCAGCAUUUGGAUGAGUACUUUGUGUGAA